AUGAAAGCCUCAUGCAUAUCGAUCUUGUUUUGGCCCCUCUUCAUGAUAAUACUAUCAGAUGAAAGCCAGACUUUUAAAACAGAAGUCAAAUGCAACUUCACUAAACAGAAUUAUUAUUUGAUUCCAGCGGAUAUCAAUAAAGAGGUUACUAUACUUGAUCUCAGUUAUAACCAAAUUACUCUGAAUAUUACAGACACAAGUAUUCUACAGAUGUAUUAUUUACUCACUGAGCUCUACUUGAUUGAAAACAGUGUCAUCAUCUUAUGUAAUAAUAGUUUUGGUAACCUCUCCAAUCUACGAAUUUUAAAUAUCUGUAGAAACUCCAUCCACACAAUUCAACAGGGUGCAUUUACAGGCUUAACUAAACUAAAACAGUUAUAUCUAUGCCAGAACAAAAUAUUACAACUGAAUCCUGAUAUAUUUGUGCCUCUUAAAAACCUGAAACUUCUGAAUCUGCAAGGCAAUUUGAUAAGCUAUUUUGAUGUACCACAACUGUUUCGUCUGGAAUUAAUCAUUUUACAUGGAAAUCCAUGGAACUGCUCCUGUAGUUUACUGAAUUUGCAGAAUUGGCUAAACACAUCCAAUGUAACGUUAGAAAAUGAGAACAUCACCAUGUGCAGCUACCCAGAUAUACUGAAAUGCUACAGCAUCAAAACAGUACCUUAUAAGGCUGAAUGCUACUCAAAACUUCCUUCACCUAUAACUGAAGACCUUCAGAUUAAUUUUCAGUCAAUUAGCAAUUCAACAUUUAAUAGCUCUUUGAACAACUUAACAAGAAAUUCAGAACAUGGACAUCUUGGAAAAAGCUGGGCUUUUCUUGUUGGUGUUGUAAUGACUGUACUGAUGACUUCUCUCCUCAUUUUUAUUGCUAUCAAAUUGCCAAUAUGGUAUAAUUUUCUGCUUAGUUAUAAACAUCAUCACCUGGAAGAACAUGAAGUAGAAAUCUAUGAAGAUGGUUUUACCCAAAACCCAAGUUCCCUUUCACAGAUACCAGAUACAAACUCUGAAGAUACUACAGUAAUAUUUGAACAACUACAUUCAUUUGUAGUGGAUGAUGAUGGGUUUAUUGAAGACAAAUACAUAGAUACUCAUGAAUUAUGUAAAGAAAAUUAA